AUGCCAGGCACCACUGCAGCCACAGAUCUAUCCUUUACUCCAUUACACGAGGCGUUUGGCGCCGAAGUAAAGGGAAUGAAAUGGCAGAUGCCCAUUAGUCAGUCCGUCAUCAGUGAAAUUCGAGCUGCCGUUCACAAAUAUGGCGUGCUAGUUUUUCGGUGCGCCAAUCUCGAUAAUGACCAGCACAUUGAAUUUUCUCGACAAUUCGGACAUUUGGAUGAUGUAAAGGCACACAUCAAGGCGGGCCGGGCAAUGCGCUUUCCCGAACAGCCAGAGAUAUUUGACGUUUCCAAUUUGGACGAGAAUGGCAACGUGAUAACAGACGCGGAUCCGAUCCGCAUGGCGUCAUCCAAGGGGAACAGUCUAUGGCAUGCAGACAUGGCUUACAAUCCCCAGCGUUGUGCAUACUCCCUUCUCCGUGCCGUUGAACUGCCACCGACCGGCACCGGAGGAGAGACUGAGUACUUGGACUCGCGCAAAGCAUAUGAGGAUCUCCCGAAUGACAAGAAACGUCAGCUUGAAGGCUUGAUAACCAACAAUUCCCUGUUUCACAAUCGCAAGCUGGCGGCCCCUGAUGUCUUUGCCAACGUCGAGCCACUUGACUCGCCAAUGUCUCGUCACCGGCUUGUAUCACUUCACGAAGAGUCGGGGCGGAAAAAUAUCUAUAUUACGACAUACGCUCAUCACUUUGACAACGAGACCAUGGAAGAUAGUCGUCCGCUCAUACAAGAGCUCCUGGCUUGGGUUGCCAAGCCCCAGUACAAAUUGACGGUUCGAUAUGAGAAUAACGGUGACCUCGUCAUGUGGGACAAUAGAGCCGUUCUCCAUCGAGCGACAGGCGCUGGAAGCUACGGCGGCAAGUAUAAGCGUGAUAUGCGAAGAACGACUGUGAAAGAUGAUGGAAGUUUUGGAUGGGGGGAGAAUGGGGUUGGAUGUUCCUGGCAAGCUGGUCUGUCGAAAUAG